AUGGAUAGAUAUUCUACUCAUACGCCUACCGGAAUGGUAGAUGCUGCGAUCCAUGGAGUGGAGCAUCUAAGUUUAGGACAAGAUCAAAAUCAGCCUCAAAAUAGCCAUCGUCAAAAUGAGACCACUAGUCCUCAACCUUUAGUCACUCAUCAUAAAAAAAAGCAUGCACACGCAUAUCACAAUUUAUAUGCUUCUGGUACGGUGAAUCCAGCUGAUAUGACGGGUGGGCCUGCUGGCAUACCGCAAUCUGAUCACGGUGGUCAAACAUACCCAGGUUCAGAUGUCCUUGGUCAUUCCAUAGCAAAUGCAGGUGAUAAUAGAAUCGCAAGCAGUGAUUUUAGUCUGUUCCCUGGUCAGAACUACUCAGAUCAAGCAAGUUUACGACCUGAUGUGUAUGCUGUCAGAACAGGUCAAGACACAAAUUCAUCAGAUGCCUACUCUCGUGCCCAAACAGAGCCACAAGUACAAUAUCAGUCUCAGCAUAAUGGAGGCGAAUCCAACUCGGUUUUAAAUGAAGGUAAAUCCAUUAGGUCUUUUAAAAAUGUCAAUGUGGUCCCGUCAGUAGUAGAAGAUCGUGAGUUUGCUCAACAAUUACUAGGACCCGAACCACUUUUUAAAACUUUUCAACAUCAUUCACCUCCACCAGCUGCAAUUGAUUAUGAUGUCCUAGACCAGGGUGUAUCUGGACCCAAUUUUGCAAGACUCACAAUGUACAAUGUACCAGCUACAGAUCAGCUGCGUGCAAAUACAAAAUUACCUUUAGGUAUGGUUGUUCGCCCGUUUGCUUCUUCUUCAGCCCCGGUGCCAGUUAGUGACUUUACAAGUUUUGAGCCUCCUAGGUGUAGACGGUGCAGGACAUAUAUUAAUCCGUCGAUGAUUUUCACCGAAGGCGGCACUAAGUUUGUGUGUAACAUGUGUCAAUUUGCAAAUUACGUGAGCGCCGACUAUUUCCAGCCCAUUGAUGCUUCGAAUAGAAGAAUCGAUUGGCAGGAUAGACCCGAAUUGGCCCUAGGUACUUACGAUAUUGCUGUGGCUGAAGAAUACUGGCCCCAAGAAGGAGUCAAGCCUUCAACAUUGAAGCAUCUGUUUUUAAUUGAUGUUUCACAAGAAUCAGUGAAAAAAGACAUUCCAAAAUUAACUGCUGAAGCUAUUAGGCGUUUAUUAUAUGGUAGGUACAACGAGUCUGAGGAAAGCUCGACUUCCAACGAUGAUACUGAACUAAAUAAUUUCCUUGUUCCACAGUCACUUCCAAAGGGAACACAAAUUGCCAUUGCGACAAUUGAUAAAGCAGUGCAUUUCUACAAUUUGAAUCCUGUUUUAGAACAACCGCAAAUGAUUGUGAUGAACGAUGUGUCAGACCCAUUUGUGCCUUUAGAGAUUGGGUUGUUCGUGGAUCCUGUGGAAUCUCAAAUUGUGAUUGAGCAGCUACUUGAUCAAAUUGACCUUCUUUUCGAGCAGAAUCAUAACUCAGAGGUGGCAUUUGGUGCUGGUUUGGAAGUAGGAUUGCGCGCUUUAGAAGCCACUGGUGGUAAGGUGACAGCUAGUUUGUGCUGUUUACCUACUGUGGGACCUGGCCACUUGUAUUAUAGGGAGACAUCCCGUAAAAAUUUGGAAUCUGAAAAAGAUUUAUACAAGGCUAGUUCACAGUAUUACAUUAACCUCGGAAAAAAGUACGCCAAAGCAGGGAUCGGGCUCGAACUGUUCAUGGUUCCAAAUACUUAUAUAGAUGUUGCUAAUGUCGGUGAAGUAGCACGGAGAUCUGGUGGACAUCUACAUUAUUUCCCCCACUUUGUGCCUGAGCGUGAUGGCAGAAGAUUUAUUGCAGAGAUGAUUCGUGCUAGCUCGUCUGAGAUUGGAUACCAAGCACAGCUCAAAGUCCGUUGCUCCAAUGGCCUUCAAGUUGCCGCGUAUUAUGGAAAUUUCCAUCAAGAAAGCGACGAUAUUCAAACCGAUCCGGUGUUUGGAAUUGUUGAUUCAAGGUCCACCAUCGGCGUCCUAUUUUCAUAUGAUGGCAAACUGGAUACUAAGCUCGACGCCCAUUUUCAAGCAGCAUUAUUGUACACUUCAGCAGAUGGUCAACGUCGAGUGAGAGUGACCAACAUUGUUACUGGUGUGACUGAGCAAUUCAAGCCAUUGAUGAAUUACGUGGAUAUUGAUAGCUGCAUGGGAAUAAUGUCUCGUGAAAUAAAUACCAGGAUAGUGGAUUCGCUGAAACCUCUGAAGGACAUCCGGCUUCAAUUGCAGGAUCGCAUUAUUGAGGUGUUUGCUCAGUACCGACGAUUCGCUGGCACCGGUCUUGCCCCAACACUAUUGCUAAUGCCAGUUUCAUUGCGUGGUUUCAUCAUAAACUGUUUGGCACUGCAAAAAUCCCGAAUUCUUCGUGAUAGCACACAUAUUUCUACUGAUUCACGCAUGAGUACUAUUUCACUUGUUAACAGUAUGGAUGCAGAUGAACUAUCAUUAUUCCUUUAUCCACGAAUCAUCGGACUCCACAAUCUCCGUCCAGAGGACUGUAGCUAUAACCAACAAGCAUUUAUAAUGCCCAUCAAUGUGCGUGCUUCAGUUUCGUAUCUAGAUGAAGGAGGUGCUUACUUGCUAUAUAAUGGUCAGUCACUGAUAAUGUGGCUUCAUCAGUUAGUAUCUCCGCUUCUCAUUCAGGAUUUGUUCGGUGCACAAGAUCUUAAUUCUAUCAACCCCUACAUGAAUGAACUGCCCGUUUUGUCUACAGAUAUAUCUAGACAAACUCGGGCAUUAGUCGAUUAUUUUGCUAAAAGGUCUAAACUCACAUUUUUAGGCAUUCAAAUUGCCAGACAGGGUCUUGAUGGUGCAGAGCUGGAAUUCAUGGCCCAACUUGUUGAGGACCGUAUUUUCGACUGUCAAAAGUAUUCCGAUUAUGUCACCUUUGUGCAUCGUCAAUCUCGUGCUGCCUUUGGUGAGUAA